AACAAUUGUCAAAAAUUCAUGGUUUAUUGCUGUUUUCCUACGAUUUUCGUAAAAAUAACAUUAAAUUACUUAUUGAUUCUCACUUCACCAAUUAGUAAAUGAAAAGGAAUAUAAAAGGUCCAUGCCUAUACGAAAUUCUUUAGGUCCCAUUUUUGUGUAGAAAAAGACAAAUAUGGCAUUAGUAGCGUAUGAAAAUAGCGAUUCGAGUGAUUUUGAAGAUUGUGAUACAGAAUGUCCUGCUGCUGUAAUAUCUACUGAGAAAUACGCUGCAUCUACUUCGACUUUGGUGCACGACACAACAGAGCCUUGCCAAAAUUUAUUCAAUCUUUUACCCGAGCCAUCCCACAAGAAACCAUUGGUUGUAGAGGAAGAUGAUGAGUUCUUACACAAAAAAGAAAAACACAUUGUAAAACCAAAGGCUAAGAUAUCUGUACCUUCAUUACAAGAUUUUAAAGACAUGGAAGACAGUUUACCAAAUAACAAAAAUAAAAUUCACAGUGGUGGAAAAAAAUCUGGUCUCCUCAGCAUACUUCCCCAGCCCAAGAAUGGAGUGACAUUAACAAAUAAAUCAUUUAUCCCCAAUAUACUUGUAAAAAAUCCAACCACAACUAGCAUUAAGAAAAAGCAGCAAACUCAAUCAUCACCAAAAAAAGUUAAAAAAGAAACUCAGUCAAUAAUAAAUGAUUAUUCAGAUGAAAGUGACAGUGAGGAAUUAGGAAAUGAUUUCUUUUCAAUAAAUAAACCUGUACUCAUUGCUCCUGAAGUAUUGUCUGUAGAUAGUGAAUUGGUACAAAAUACAAACACAAGUAAGGGACUAUCAAGUUUCGACUCUCACAUUAAUAACAAUAUGAAUGGGUAUGAAACUGGAGAGACUGAUCUAAAUGUCGUUGCAAGUACAGAGACGCCCGUUGAUAAUUCCCAUGACUUAGAAAUACCUGUUGAGAAUCACAAUGACUUUCAACAACCUUCUAAUAGUAAUGAGGAUAUAUUGGAUGAUGAAGCUAUACUGAAAUUAGUCGGAGCUCGUGGCAAGAGAAAACGUGAAGAAAUCCAAAUAGUUGAUGUCAAUCAGAAAGAGGUACUUGGUGACUCACGAGAAUGGUUGCUGAAGAGUCUAAUGGACGACACUACCCGGCGAGUAUCUUCUAGCAAGAAAAGGGGAAAUGAACCUACUAAUCAACAAAAAAGGAAACAUCAGAUCACAUACUUGGCCCAUCAGGCAAAAGCAAAUGAAGCAGAGCUACAGAACCAAUGGGCUAACAACAGAAUGUCAAGAAGACAAACGCAAUCCAAAUAUGGAUUCUAGAAAAAAAAAACAAAUAUAACUAUUAUGAACAGUUGGAACAUAAAAAUAAUAAAAUAUUUUGUA